CUGCAGUGUGCACGAGUCAGCACUGCAGACUCAUCGACUCAGGAGUCAGAGGUACUCCAGAGUCCAAUGCACUGCACUGUGCAGAGCACCUGCCGCGCUGCAUUGUCCAGCGCAACUUCGCAGAGUUCAUGAAGGUGGGCAGAAUUCCGUGACGGUGCAUUCAAUCUCUCCCACAUUGCACUUUGUUCCUCGUUUUCCUGCUGCCACUGCCAGCUUCGCUCUUCUUCACAGCAGGUCAGGCGCCCGCACUAUCUUCUGUACCUCAUCAAUCAGCCCGAAUACUCGAGUCGAGAUGGCUUCCUCGUCGCUCUGCGCAUCAGCAUUCAAGGGUGCUUCCCUGAUUGUUGCACCUCAAUCGAGGGUUACCAGGAGUCUCCCGGCUGCAAGCCAGCCGCGGACUAUCGUCUGCUCAGCUCAGCAGAGCAGGAGGGACGUGUUGAAGUUCGCGGCAAUCUUUGUUGCCUCAGGCGCGCUGACUGCACAGCAGGCUUUGGCAGAAGGAGCUACCGGUUUGACUGCUAGCCUCUUGGCUAAGAGCGAGACGAACAAGGCUGCAAACGAUAGGGCUAGACUGAACACAAGCUACGCAAACCAGGGCCGGGCCUACACAGUCCAGAAUGGUACCUGCAAGUUCCCAGACAAUUUCACGGGUUGCCAGGAUCUCGCCAGGAGACAGGAUGUCAAGUUCCUUUCUGCAGACCUCAAGACUGAAUGUGCAGGCAAGGAGAAGGGCAAGUGUGCUUCCAACAACCUGUACUGAGCUGCUUUGGUCCGGAAACCCGUUGUAAGAGUGUAGCAUCAUUGUAAAAUUGUACAAUAUUGUUGAUCAACAACCAAAGGCUGUUGACAAGCCAAGAUUGUUUCAAGGCAAACUUCUUGCUUUAUUGACGUUUUCUUCCGAGUUUUAAUGAUCUUGCAAUGUCGCUUACCAAAUCCUAGCCUCAGAAGCUGUACACAAACGUAUGGACGGUGGGACUGAGGACCUUCAAUACUGGGAAACCGGGGCUUGAGCAAUUUGCAGCGCAUGGGCGCUUUUCUGUCAAGCUCGCACGAUUCAUGAUUCGGGGUGCUAAGCUGUGACACUCCAAUCUACCUUUUAAUGAUUCUGGUUCGUGAAAUCAGUUCCAUAUUCCGCGUUUUAGUAAGCAACAAAAUUCCUUCCAGAGCGCAUAUGGCAACGUCUAGAUCCGCUUUUCUUUCCAGAAGAUGAUUCAGUAUGCGAGACUGCGCGAACGACCCCGCUUCUGAGAAUGUCUCGG